AUGACAAAGGACGAAAUCUAUGAGUCCUUUUACGACGAACUAAAGGCUGUUCCAAACGAUCCAGAGUCACCAGAAGCCUACAAUAAGGCCAGGGAACUUUUAAAUGCCAAGGAGGGGCAAGAAACUGACGUCACUUCUCCAGCCUCGUCGAAGAAGAAAAGUGCAGUUGAAGAUACAGGUUAA